AUGCUGGGAAAACUUAGUAGACGCUCGAGACGAGAGCAUUGGAGGGGAGGACGAAAACGUACGAAGCUCGUGACCGCAAUAAAAGAGCGCGACCGUAAUCGCCGUUACCGCAAUCUGAAGGCGUCGACAAAGGCAAAGAGCGCGAGCAGGCGCGAGGAUAUGGAGAUCGUGCGAGCGCGGGGAAGCAAGCGAGGCAGGCAUAUGCAUCAGGAGCGCGAGCCCCGCGGGCAAACAGGCACUUUAAAUAAAUUAAAAAUAAUUAAAAUGUUAAGGAUUGCUAAUAAAUUAUAUGGGGAUUGUAACAUUUAA